CAGAUGUCUUUGUAUGUUUUUAACUUCUGUCUUCAGCUCCUCAAAAACAUGGCGUUGUUUCAGUACCUUGCAUGUGUCCUUUGCUUGUUGUAUUCCUCAGCGAGCGAGUUCAUUCAGAAUGGAAGAGAUUUUACACAUAACGUUGACUUGAAGCAUGACGUGACUGGGGAGAAACUGCAGGUGAAAAGUUUUGGCAGGCUGGCCAAUAUCAUUACCCUGGAUCACACUGACGGGGUUAAGCGGGUACUGUGUAAGGGUCCCAAAAUCUUGGUAAUCGUGAACCACAGCAGCCUGGCGUCCUCCUGGUCUCCCGGUGACAUCGUGAUGGGUAGCAGUAAGUGGGGGUGCUACCUCAGCCCACCUCCUAACAGCGUUGCGGGGAUACACCGUAAAAUAGACGAGAUAAAGAUUCGAUCCGAGAAAAAAGUUGAACUGUCAACUUCUAUUGCAAAUUUUGCAGAUAUGUUUGAACAUGCAAAGGUUUUCUAUCGACACGAACCCGGAAAACUGACAAACGGCACACACCAUCGCCAAAAACGAAAAGAUUGGUGGAAUGCGUUUCCCGAACCGGUCCAAUAUGCUAAGGAAGUUUUAACAGAGAAAUUGACGCCAAUCCAUUGGAGUGUUCACAAAGGAGGCGUAGGAAGCAACUUUAAUUAUGACCCGUCAUCGGGGAUUGCGGGUGGGAAAUUUGACGCCAAAGUGAGCCGUCAGAAGGACUUGUCAUUUGAAAGCGAAAGCACGCUCCUUGAUCAUGACCGUUCUCAAGAAUCUCCUGGGAAGAACCGGGAGAUAAAUAAUGUUGCAAUGGAACUUGACUGUAUGUCCUGCUAUGCAUAUUUUGAUAGUGCCUUUACGUUUGAACUGGAAAUUGAUGUAGAUCCUGAGACCAGAAGGGGACGCUUUAAACAUUAUUUGCUGCAGUUUGAUGCCGAAGCUAAAGUACAAUAUGAGCUGGAAUUCAAAGUUACUGAUGAAUUUUCGGCGGAAUUGGAAAUGUUGCUAUGGAAGGGGAAAACUAUUCCUCUCAUCUCUUUUCCUCUCAUCCCACUCCCUUUUGGUGCGACUGUAUCAUUGGAAGUGUCUGUCAAUGCUGCAUUAUGGUUUGAAGCCAAGUUUCAAGCAAACACGGAGUUUUCGAUGGCACUUGGCUUCACCUCUCUUGCAAAAUACACCCUGACACAUUCAAAGGAAAAGGGUUUGACCUCUACUUCGGUAUUAAGACCGUUUUCACGGCUCCCAUCUACCGUAAAUCAUAAUGCAAAUGUUGAAGGGGAAGUGUCUAUCUACCCUAAGUUUGAAAUAGAUGUGAGCAUUUCCUGGGGCUUUGGUGACCUCUUCAACAUUGCCUUUACCGCACCGUUGGAAAUAAGCCUUAAGCCUGAGGUGAAAAUAACAUUUGGUUUUGAGAAAGAGUUGGGUGCACUUGCAACAGGACGUCUUUUAGUCGAAGGUGGCUUGGCACUUGCUGUAGCUGAGAAGGAACCCGUCAGCGUCAGUGUUGUGGCGAUGGGAACAACAUGGUGGAAACGCGUGUUUUACCACGACACUAUAAAUGGACCAAUCCGCUUAACUGAAGACUUCACGCUUGUGAACAAGCGGUCCAUGGUCUGUAUGGCUCAGAAGAAUGGAAGUCGGCGUAAACGGGACGUGAAGAGAAUAAAUCUCUGCCCAAUAAGUACCGAGUACCAAACAGGGGAUAAAAUAAACAGUCAUAUGCAAAGCAAGUUUGCUAUGUUGAGAGAAUUGGUAGAAAGCGUUACAGAAAAAGAUUUAGAGGUGAUUGGAAACGCUGACGGUGGUUAUACCGCAGUUAUAAGACUCCGGGCAGCCACUGAGACAGACAUGCGUUUACUAGAGGAAUGGACGUCGUGUGGCCAUGUUUUUUGUAAUUCCAAAAGACUUCUUGAUAAUACUUUGGCCAUAAGGAUCUCAAGGGAUACAGUAAAGAAUACACACGAUGAAUACAGCGAUAACGCAGGCGACCCUACACUAUCCCAAGUAGCAGAAAACGCGUUGCGCGUUUACAUUUUACCAGUGGGUCAGGGUGAUGCAACAGUUAUUCAGUGUCCGAGAAGUGGGCACAUUACAUUUAUAGACAUGGGUUCCAUUUCUUCCAAAUCGUCCGGAUACUGGAAAGCUGCAAAAGUCAGUCGCUUUUUAGGAAGUGGAAUAAAAAAACUAAGGCGGGUUUAUAUCACACACGCCGACGAAGACCAUGUGAACAUGCUUCAGCCUGUUCUAAACGCACAUGGGUUGUGGUCCGAAAUUAACCCCAAUGUGACGCUUAUCAUACCGCAACAUGCUAACUCGAGAGUAUCAACCUUUUUUGAAGAAAGGAAUGUGAGGAGAAUAGGGCGCUGUCUCUUGAAUGAAUGUAAUAAGGAAACGUAUGAUCCGAACAUAUGUUCCGACAGUGCACAAAUACACAUUUUGUCAUCUGGCCAAGGUCCCUCUAAAAACAACGGAGGCUUAGUGCUACGUUUGACGUACAAAGGUCAAAGCAUGUUGUUUCCUGGAGAUAUGGGCAGUGAGGCACACCUUCUGAAUUCAGGACAAAUAGCAUCAACUGUAUACAAAUUAGCACAGUACGGUGCUUCCACAUCUGGCUCCAACAUUGACUCCUUUUUGGGAGCUGUUAACCCGUCUGUUGUUGUUAGUAACGGUGACCCUCAGUAUAACCCCGCUAUACGACACCCACGAUGUGACGUUUUGCAAAAAGUUAAAAGUCGUUUGCAGGAAAAACACUCUAAUAUAGAAUUUUCUUCGCAAAGGACGUAUUCUUGUGGUGGAAGUAAGUAUGGUGAAUAUGAAAAUGAAAUCCCUACUGAUGAUCUUCCUGUUUUUACCUCAACGCCAACAAAUACGUCAUUAAACCUGAUACAAAUUGACUUUAAGAACGGAAAUGUGCGCGUCACAAGUACCAUACGUGAUAUUGUGACACCUCAAGAGAAAGGAAUUGGACAUGGCACUGCGUCUGGGACGAAAAAGAGAAGUCCUCCACAAUAUUUACUCAGAAUGGAAUGUGAUGCAACAGAACCCCCAAAAGGUAGUGGAGACGUUUCCCUGGAAGAAGUGUGUUUGCCAAUGGAGGCAAAAAUUACCCGGGACAGUGAUCGAUUUGAAAGUCUCGUUCAGUACACUUAUGGAGAUGUUAUGUUCGAAGAUAAUGAACGCUUCAGCAACUGGUGUGGCAACCCAGGAAGACGCUGCAGUGAUUGUCUAGAUGAAGCCUUUAAUGACAACUGGGCCAGCUGUGCUGACAGAAUGAUGGCCCCUAAAAUGGUGUUUCUUAUUCGGCGUUUGGCGGCACUUGUUUACCAGACAUGGCCGGAUGACGAUGAUGAUAAAACGGGUACAAUUAAGAUAAGGAACGUCAUGGAAUAUUCAUUCAAAAAUCGAUAG